ACGUUCAUCCAGAUGAAUGGAUAAAUGAUAUACAAAUGUAUUUUAAAUUUGAUUGUUCAGAAGCUUUAUCAUUAGUAGAUGUUAGCAUCAAUCUUCCAACUGGAAUUGAUAGUUUCGAAAAACUUCGCGUCGAAACUUCAAAAUUUAUUUCGAAUUUUCGUAAAUUAUGUUACAAUGCUGAGAUUAAUGAUAUAGAAGAACAGAAGAUAUAUCUUUAUUCAUCACUUCCAGAUAGAUAUCUUUUAGAUGGAUAUAAGAAGAUGGAAAAUAUCAGUUCAAUAAGUGAAUUAAUCAAAGAAUUUGAGGAAAUAAUUAAGUAUAAUCAUGAUUUGAUUAGAAAUGGAUCUAUUGUAGCUUUAAAACAUGUUGUUACAGGAAAAUAUUUAAGUUCGAUUAAAAAUCUAAAUUAUAAUACUGGAAGCGGAUCUCAAUUGGUUUUUGCAAAUAAUUUGCUUGAUAAUAAUGCGUUAUGGAAAAUCACAUUUACGGAAAACGAAGAACAAGCCUUAUACAGCGAAACUAAUAUAUAUUUCCAACACAAGAAUUCUAAAAUCUUUUUAGGAAUUUAUGGUGGUUAUUUUGAAUCUCCAGUAACUUAG